AUGCCAGCCCAACAGAAGAAAGUUGUUUUUUGCAUAGCGGGUGUGUUCAGUUUUGCUUGUGCUCUGGCCAUUGCAGCAGCUAUAGGAACUCAGCUAUGGAUCCAAGGAAAAAUUCUUUGCAAAACUGGAGCAUUGCUUGUUAAUGCUACUGGCCAGGAAUUAGAUAAGUUUAUUGGUGAAAUUCAGUAUGGACUAUUCUAUGGGGAGAGGGUUAGACAAUGUGGCCUUGGAGGGAGACCUUUUCAGUUUUCAUUUUUUCCAGAAUUAUUCAAAAUUAUGCCGGCAAGUAUCCAUGUAAGCAUCAUCCUCUUUUGCUUGGCAUUAUUCGUCUUUGCACUGAUUGCAACCGGCUUCUUCAUGUACAAUGCAUUUGGCAAUCCUUAUGAAACCUUACAUGGCCCAUUAGGACUUUACCUGUGGAGCUUCAUUUCAGUGUCUUGUGGUUUUCUUAUUUUGAUACUGUUUUCUUCAGAAGUGAAAAUCCACCACCUCUCUGAGAAAAUAGCUAAUUAUAAAGAAGGAAGUUUUAUUUUUAAAAUUCACAGUGAGCAAUUUGCAAAAUCCUUCUGGAUCAUCCUGGUGUGCUCAUUAGUACACUUUAUGAACAUUCUGCUUAUACGCCUGGCUGGAUUUGAGUUUCCUUUUUCAAAAUCAAAAAAUUCUGAGGCACCGAAUGGAGCGAUGGAUCUAAUGUACUAA